UGCCUCCAGGUCUUGCUGAGCAGCUCAUCAGUUCAAAGACACCAUGGCUCUCAAUAAGUGUCAGAUUAAACAAGGGCCUCUGCUGAUUUGUUUUCUUUUUUUCUCUGUCUGUGAAGGAACCUUGGGACCGACUUUCAUGAUGACAUUUCCUGCUAUUUUACAGUCAGGCACUGAGGCAAAGCUUUGUGCCAGUCUUCUAAAGCCAAAUGAGACCCUUACAAUGACUGUUUCUCUAGUUCACAAUAACGAGAGCAGGACACUGUUCCAGGAGAGAGCGCAGGAAGAUUUUCAUCACUGUUUUCUGUUUCAGACUCCUGUGGUGCAGGGUGAAUCAGUGCAGAGAAUUAAAGUGGUAGUCCAAGGGGAAACUUUUCAUUGGAUGGAGGAGAGGAAAAUCGUGUUCAAAUCCUUCCAUCCACCGACCUUCAUCCAGACAGAUAAACCUAUCUACCUUCCAGGACAGACAGUACACUUCAGGAUUGUCACCAUGGAUAAUAAUUUCAUCCCUUUUAUUCCAAAGUGUGACAUUGUGGCGCUGGAGGAUAGUAAGGCAAACAGGAUUGCUCAGUGGGUAAACAUCUCUUCCAGUAACAAAAUUCUGCAGUUGUCUCAUCAGUUGAAUCCAGAGGGACAUGAAGGCACUUAUAAUGUGAUAGCGAGCAUUGGUGAGAGGACGAUAAACCAUCACUUCGAGGUGAAACAGUACACUUUGCCAAAGUUUGAGGUAAAACUGAACUCACCUGAAGAAGUAAGUGUAGCAGAAGAAGAACUGAAAAUUGAAGUAUGCGGAAAGUACACUUUUGGGCAACCAGUGGCUGGUGAAGUCUGGAUGAAAGUGUGUCGGAAGGUUAGGAGGUAUCACCAUGCAUAUCACAUUCCUGAGCAGCACAGGCCUACCCAAUGUCUUAAUGAAACUCUUGAGUUGAAGGAGAAUGGCUGUGCCACACUUGUUUUCGGGACACGUUUUUUCUUCAACGCUGCUGUUGAACAACAAUGGCUGGAUUCUCUUAAAUUUAAUGUGAAAAUAACUGAAGAAGGUACAGGGAUCACUAUGUCAAAGUCUGGCACAGUCGGUGUGUCUUAUGUGCUUGGUAAAGCAUCAUUUGUUGAGACACCAGAUGUCUUUAAACACGGAUCAGUCAUAGAGGGAAAGAUCAAAGCUACACAUUUCAAUGGAACACCUAUUUCAAACAAGGAAGUCUAUGUUUUAGAGCGUAAAGGGUGGUCAACAAAAGAACUCUUCAGUCUCACAACAGACAUUAAUGGAAUGGCUCAUUUCUCUAUCAACACAACUGAUCGACCUGCAGAAGAUAUUCAGUUAGUGGCAAGUGUCUCCAAGGACAUAUCUCAUAGGUCCAGAACUCCUCACUUUGAAUAUCAAAGGAAAGAUAUUACACUAUACAGACCUGCCACACCAGACACUCCUUAUGUUCCAAGACAUAAUGCACUCACUAUAGAAGGUUUAAAGGAGCCACUCGCAUGUGAGACUGAGAUCCCUGUAACCAUUAGAUACACCUUUUUUGAGGAUGUGGAAGACUCUGUGGAUUUAAUCUACCUGACCUUAUCCAAAGGAGUGAUUGUUCAUUAUGGAGCCAUGAAGGCUGCAGGAAAAAAAGUUGAUGGAGUUAUUUCGGGAAAGGUGUCAUUCAAUCUUCCUGUCAGUACUGAGAUUUCACCUGUGGUGCAAAUUCUGGCAUACUGUGUUCUAUCAAAUGAGACGGUCAUUGUUGAAACUAAGAACUUCAAAACAGAAAAAUGUUUCAAAAACAAGGUAUCAUUACAGUUCUCUCCAACCAAGGCUGUUCCUGCAGAAGAAAACACUCUACAGCUCUCAGCUGAGCCAGGUUCACUGUGUGGACUCAGUGUUGUAGAUAAGAGCGUGCUCAUCUUGGAACCAGGGAAAGGCCUGGACACUGAGAAGAUUUUCAACUUGUUACCAGUGACAUCAUUGUCAGAUUAUCCAGACGAGCUUGAAGACAUCCUGGAAUGUCCUCAUGUGAAAUCUAAUGACUAUGCACAUGAUGUUUUCAGGAGCGUCGGACUCAAAAUGGCAACCAAUUUGGAGAUGCGAAAACCUCCUUGUUUGAUGGACGAAGACCUAGAUUACUAUGACGAAAUGACUGGAUCUGCUUUUGACCCUGAUGUAGAAACAGCUCGCUCAUUCUUUCCUGAAACUUGGAUCUGGAAACUUAUAGAAUUGGGGGAAUCUGGAUCUGCACAACUGCCUGUUACUGUCCCUGACACCAUCACCACCUGGGAGACAGAGGCCUUUUGUCUGUCCUCCAAGGGCUUUGGUCUGGCUGCCCCAGCUGAACUCACCGUCUUCCAGCCUUUCUUCCUGGAGCUCUCCCUUCCUUACUCCAUAAUCCGAGGAGAACUCUUUGAGCUAAAGGCCACUGUCUUCAACUAUCUGUCAAAGAGCAUUAUGGUUAAAGUAACUCCAGCCCCUUCCUCAGACUACACUCUAAAACCCUCCUCAGAUGGCCAGUAUUCUUCUUGUCUGCAUGCAAACGGAAGGAAGACCUUCCGAUGGACUCUGAUACCCUCUGUGCUGGGGGUCCUGAAUGUGACUGUAAGUGCAGAGGCAGAAGCAUCUCAGUCUCUGUGUGACAAUGAGAUUGUGACUGUACCAGACAGAGGCCGCAUUGACACAGUGACACGAACUCUGCUGGUGAAGGCUGAAGGAACUGAGAGGACAGAGACCCACAGCUGGUUGCUUUGUCCCCGAGAGAAGGUUCUGACGGAGGAGGUGGAGCUAACACUUCCUGAAAAUGUAGUUGAGGGAUCAUCCAGAGCUUCCGUGUCAGUUCUUGGAGAUAUUUUGGGCCGUGCACUACAGAAUCUUGAUGGAUUGCUGAAGAUGCCGUAUGGGUGUGGGGAGCAAAACAUGGCUCUUCUCUCCCCGAACAUCUACAUUCUGCAGUACCUACAGAGCACUGAGCAGCUCACCUCAGCCAUUCGAGAAAAGGCCACUGGUUUCCUUAAAAGCGGAUACCAAAGACAGUUAAAUUACAAGCAUUUUGAUGGUGCCUACAGCACAUUUGGCGAUGGUGAGGGGAAUACAUGGUUGACUGCUUUUGUCCUGAGGUCUUUUGGCAAAGCCCAGUCUUACAUCUUUAUUGAUCCACAAACCAUGGCAAGUGCAAGGCAAUGGCUGUUAGAACGACAGCAACCAGAUGGUUGUUUUGAAAGCAAGGGAAACCUCUUCAACAACAGAAUGAAGGGAGGGGUAAAUGAUAAUGUGACCAUGACUGCUUAUAUCACUGCAUCAUUCCUUGAGCUGAACAUUUCAGCUGCUGAUCCUGCUGUGACAAAAGGUUUGUCAUGUCUAAGGGCCUCCAUCAGUAAUCUCUCAAAUACCUAUACCACUGCUUUGCUUGCCUACACCUUCAGUCUGGCCGGAGAAAAGGAAACUCGUGCACAGCUUCUGCAGAAGCUGGAGGGAGAAGCAUUUUCGGAGGCUGGUCGUCUGUCCUGGUCCCAGUCAAAUUCAGAACACUCAGACUCCUUGGCGGUGGAGAUAAGUUCUUAUGUGCUGCUGGCAGUUCUCACUAAUUCCCCACUCUCUGCUGCUGACUUAGGUUAUGCCAGCAGGAUUGUCAAUUGGCUGGUGAGGCAGCAAAAUCCCUAUGGAGGAUUCUCCUCCACCCAGGACACUGUGGUGGCACUUCAGGCACUGGCUUUGUAUGCCACAAGAGUGUUUGGUUCAGGUGGCUCUUCCACAAUGAUAGUGGAGACAUCAGGUGGGAACAGACAACUCUUUGAUGUAAACCAGAGUAACAAGUUGCUGUACCAAGAAAAGGCACUGCAAGAUAUCCCUGGGAAAUACAGUGUUAAAGUUGAAGGCUCUGCUUGUGUCUCUGUACAGAUGGCUCUCUUCUACAAUAUCCCCACUUCUGCUGAGAAGUCUGCAUUCACUAUUGAAGCCAAAACUGAGGGAAACUGCAAAAAUCCACUUCUUCUUUUCAACAUCCAGUACAAUGGUGCAGAAGACCAAACCAAUAUGGCUAUAGUAGAUGCAAAAAUAUUAUCUGGUUUCAUGACCGAUAGGUCUAAUGUGAUGAUGCUCACUCACUCAGAAAAAAUGGAACGGAUUGACAUUAAAGAUGACCAUGUCAUUAUCUAUCUUGAAGAGGUCCCAAAGGCAACUGUUUUGGAAUUCUGUUUACAGUUACAACAAAUCCUCCCAAUAAAGAAUCUGAAGCCAGCUCUCAUAAAAGUCUAUGACUAUUACCAAACCAGCGACCAGUCUGAGACGGAGUACUCUUACCACUGUGCCUGAGGCUAUUUCAGCUCUACAGAUUGUUUAGAAUUAAAGAAUGGAUGUCAACCUAAAAACUCAGACAUGGAUUUCAAUUUAAAAUCAAAUACUACUUCCCUAAAUAGACUUUAAAAAUCAUUGUAAUAAUGCACACUUUUCUAAAUUUUUCUGCAUAAUUGUUUCUGUUUCAUGUUUCAUGCACUGUGUUGCAUAUUUCAUGUUUCAAGAACAUUCUGAUAAUAUCUCUUAUUUCCCAGUUUUUGAGAAUCAAAAAAAAAAAAAACCAGAAUCUGAGAAUUUGACACAGAUGAACAAUGUCUGUAGUAACAAUGUACAGUGCAUUUAAAUAAAUCAAAGUCUCUGGUUCUGUA